AAAAGUUUACGAAGUAACUUGUUUGAAUUGAUUGUGAAAAUGAUUAGAAAUGUUGUCGUAGCCAUGUCUGGCGGUGUUGAUAGCGCCGUGACGGCUUUUCUACUUAAAAACAAAGAAUUUAAUAUUACUGGAAUAUUUAUGAAAAAUUGGGAUGUUAGAGAUGAAAUAGAAAAAUGCGUGGUUGAAAAAGAUUAUAACGAUGCUCGAUGGAUCUGUGACAAAUUAGAAAUUCCUUUGAUACAGAUCAACUUUGUUAAAGAAUAUUGGAAUGAAGUUUUUAGUGAUUUGAUAGAAAAAUAUCAGAAUGGAUAUACUCCGAAUCCAGAUAUUUUGUGCAAUAAGAACAUCAAGUUUGAUAAAUUUUUUCAUUUCGCACGCAAUAAGUUUCAAGCAGAUGCAAUUGCAACAGGUCAUUAUGCUAAAACAAGUUUCGGACCAUACCUAGAGAAUUAUAAAGCAAACACUAAGGUACGCUUGUUACAAGCGCAAGAUAGGAAUAAAGAUCAAACGUUCUUCUUGAGUCAGAUACCGCAACAAACUUUGAGACAUUGUAUGUUUCCUCUUGGAAAUUACUUGAAAAGUCAUGUAAAGAUGAUGGCUACACAAACAGGAUUGUGCCAAAUAGCACGAAAGAAGGAAAGCAUGGGUAUUUGCUUUGUUGGAAAACGUGAGUUUCAAGAUUUUAUUUCAAAGUACAUAGCAGAUAAACCUGGUAACUAUAUAGAUCUGGACAGUGGACUGCAGAUAGGUAAACACGAUGGUAUUCACAAACGGACAAUAGGGCAAAGAUGUAAAAUUGCUGGCUGCCUCAAACCUUAUUACGUGUUUAACAAAGAUCAAGAGUCAAAUAUUAUUAUAGUGGUAGGUGGUACAACUCAUUCAGCAUUAUACACUGACUUUUUAAUAACACAGAAAAUACAUUGGAUUAGUGAGGAGCCGUGCGAAUUAAGACGGAAUAAUGGCGUGUUAAGUUGUUACUUUCGCUUUCAACACAGAGAUCCAUUAAUUGCUUGUAGAAUAUACAAGAUAUCCAAUGAUCGUUUAUUUAUUCGUCUUGAUGCACCUUUACGAGCAAUUACAAAGGGCCAGUACGCUGUCUUGUACUCUGGAGAGGAAUGUCUGGGCAGCUCAAUGAUAACGUAUGCAGGACCAUCUUAUUUUGCACUUGGGCGGAAUUGUAUAGAUUACACUCGUUGGCAUAAUUUAAUAGCAUCUAAUAAAGUUUAAACUCUUAAACUUAAAUUAAACUUAAAUUGUGUAUGUAUAAAUA